ACAGAUGGAGAAGGGCACAAUCCCUGUGCCCCCCCUGGAUUGGCUGAUAGUGAUGGUCGCCAUGCAGAAUCUACAGGUGAGAGAUCUUUCUGAUUUGUCAUAUUCUGACAUGGCCCUAACACACCAAACAAACCAUGUAAUAUAAAAGGAACAACAAAUAACUUGUGUUUUUAAACUCUAAGCAUUUACUAAACAGCUUUCCAACUUAGGUCAAAAGUUGUUGUAGAGGCACAACAGCAGCGUGACUUGGAUCACACCAUUCUAGAUAACACAGGUAUUUUUGAAUACACUCUACAGUGGCAGGGAGAGGUGGCCUUAAGGAUGCCAUUGUAGCAUGGGAAACGUUCUGUUUUCGGGCCAGUCCAGGGGGUGUGUCUGGGGGGACACUACUACACACUACAAGUCAGUCACUGUGUCUUAGACAGCUCUCGUUCCUACAACAUCUUUUAAUGUCUGGCAUCUUUGUUCAUGUUCAUACUUAAUGCCGAACAUAAAAGAGACAUUUCAAAGUUCAAACGGGAAGGUAAGAGAUGAGUGUGAGGUUGGUGAGACAAGCAUGUUUAACAGUGGAAUUAAAUUGUCAUUUUAUUUAGGGUUGCAUUUACAUUUUUACAUUUUAGUCAUUUAGCAGACGCUCUUAUCCAGAGCGACUUACAUGAGCAAUUAGGGUUAAGUGCCUUGCUUAAGGGCACAUCGACAGAUUUUUCACCUAGUCAGCUCAGGGAUUAGAACCAGUGACCUUUCGGUUACUGGCACAACGCUCUUACCCACUAAGCUACCUGCCGCCCCAGAUAGGGUUACAUAUUUUUUCAUCUUCUCUUCACACAUUUAAAACCAAACAGUAAGAAUGCCUCCUAUUGGGUCAAAAAUAAGAGUAUUAACAACGGCCUCUGAGGGGAGAGAUAGUUAACUAAAUACCUGAGGGGAUUUUGGCUCGUGGAUGAAGCGCUUCUCUGGGAUAAUAGUGACGAGGGAUGAGUUAUGCCCCCACACAAGCAGAGAGAUGGGCCAGACACGCUGCAGGACUGACCGAUUGUGUUGACAAUGUUUGGGCUGCUUCCUGUAGGGAACAGUUCACCGAGGGGUAAAGGUACUGGCACAACCUGAGGUGUUGCGUUAAUCUCUGUGUCUGUCUGCCACUCUCUCUCUCAUCCUGUGCUCUGUCUUACAAUUACAUUUAGCUAUCUCUCUCUCUCUCUCUCUCUCUCUCUCUCUUCCCCCCUCUCUCUCUCUCUCUCUCUCUCUCUCUCUCUCUCUCUCUCUCUCUCUCUCUCUUCCUCCCCUCUCUCUCUCUCUCUCUCUCUCUCUCUCUCUCUCUCUCUCUCUCGCACCCUCUUUAUCUCUCUCUCUAUAUGUCUUUGUUCUUGCUCUCAAUUUUUGUUUGUCUGUCUGUUACAUUUCCUUUUAUGUUUCCUUUCUCUGUCCUUGGGAAAACAAAAUUGCUGUGGUCAGCUGAUCUAAUCACCAAAAGUACUGUCUUUAUGGUUUCUCUGAGGUCAUCCAGCUAUUGUAGCCAUCCAGCAGGGAACAAUCCACCUCAAACCAAUAAAAUACAGUAUAUUAGCUCAACAUUUCUCAAUCCCCCCCUCUCAGUACCCCUGGUUAUGCUGGGUGCUGCUCCAACCUAUUUCGAAACUGAAAUGGAAUAAACAUCUCUAGUCACGAUAUCUCCUACAAAUCACUUGAAGUUUACAUUUGAGUUUACAGUGAGAGUUCGUGAUCCAAUAGAUGUUCCAACACUCGUGCUUUCAUAUAUAAACAUUGAGUAAGGUAUGCAGGGAUGAUUAAACAAUGAUUGUGAAUCGUAGAUGGUAUAUAAAAGAUAUGAAAUGAGCUUGUUCCAGCUUGUUAGUGUCAGCUUUUUUGAAUGCAGAAAACGAAGCUCUUUCGGUCUCACACAAAGACAAGAGUAUGGUAGAAAACCAGCUUAGUGCAUAACUGGACAGUAUCAGUAACUGGCUGUCCGAUAACAAAUUGUCUCUUCAUUUGGAGAAAAUGGAGUCAUUAUUAUUUGGUUCUAAGAUUAGGCUAGGUAGAUGUGCCAUGGAAACCAUAUGUUUGAUGUACUUGAUGCCAUUCCACCAUUAGGCUAAGAGUUGCACUGGGCAGACCAUGUUUUUAUAUACGGCAGUGGUAUAUAAAACUCCCUACUGCGAUAAAAACUGUUUCUGCCAGUCAGAGGUUCAAACACUCCUGCAGGGCUUGGUUAAUGAUGUAAACCACCCUGCGCUAUUAAGUGACUUGCUAAGUGUGUAUACAGUGGGGUCCGAAAGACAUGCUAACCUCCCCUGUUAUUGUAAUGGUGAGAGGUUAGCAUGUCUUGGGGGUAUGAUCUUUGACCCUCUGUAACGUUCUCACUCAUAAUUAAUCCACAUUAAUGUAGAAGUGUUUAGAAACAUAUUCUAUUCUUAUAAUAAAAGUGACUCUAAAAUGACAUAAUACAUUAUUUACCAUGAAUUUCUAUUGGGCACAAAAUAAUCUAAAACACAACCAAAACUAACUGCAAAUGCAUCCAACAAGUUUGUACAGUCACAAGCUUGAUGUAGUCAUUACAUGCUAGGAAUAUGGCAGCAAAUACUACUUUAUUUAUAAGAAUCAAUCAUUUAGACCCCUACCUUUUUGAGAGAAAAACAAAUAUUACUUGUCAAACAAAAUCUCUUUCUCUGAGCAACAGUAUAAGUAUAAAAUAAUAUCAUUUGUUUGACAAUACAAUAUAGCUCAGUAUUUGAAUGAUUUAUUGCAUACAGUCGUUAUUGCUCAUCUUUAUCAAGGGUGUCAAUAAUUUCGACCCCACUAUAUCUGUAAAUAUUUGGACAUUGUUGCCCAUGUCACUUGUUUUUGCUGCCCUUGCCUACAAAGAGGACCACAAUGGAAGCAAGCAUUUUGACUUUACUGUGUUUAUAUCCUUGACACUAUUUGGUAUAUGUAUCUUUUGCCGGGUGUAACAUUUUUAUGUAUUUUAAAUUGUCCAAAAAAAUCUAAAAAAGUAUUGGCUAGAACAGAGACGUAUUAGUUUUAAAAGUUGUUUAUGUUGGUCAGAAGGGUUCUAUGUAAACCACAGUCAUCAACAAACUCUUAUCUUAAUUGCUACCAGAUAGGGCUAUGGUUUCCGGGCAGUGAAGAUAAGUCCGCCAAACUUACAGGCUCCUUCCGAUACACAAAAUCUGUGGUUGCUUCCUCUUGGAAAAGGCAUGUUUAUGAUGUUAUAACAUUCAAGAACAUCUACAAAAGGCAUUGAAUUGCACUUAUUCAAAUAUUAUUCAUUCUCUCACCAAAAUGUCUAAACUGGUUGCACUUUGUGUUAGUGUUAGUCAAUAUUGAUGAUCAUUAAGACAGGUAAUGUACAAUUAAACAACUCAUAUUUAUUAUACCCAUUCCUAUUAUAGUCUAAAACAAACUGUACUGAAAACAGUUUGUACCAACUGUAUGUAAUAUACAAUAACGUUAACCCAUGGGGCUUACUGAAAAGGAAUAGACUGAUUUCACAGGAUGUGGUUAAUCUCUCCCGCUCUUGGUUAUACACUAGACGCCAGAGCCUCAGAAAAAAGGGUCUUUCAGCUUUCAGCCAGGCAUUUUCCACUCAAUAACAUAAACACCAAGGGAUUCCUCUGUUGUCCUUCAUCCCCCCUAUUCCCCGCAAUGCAUACACACACACACACACACACACACACACACACACACACACACACACACACACACACACACACACACUCACUCACUCACUCACUCACACAGUUCAACCUUCUGAUUCUGGAACUAAUAAAGUUGAGAUACAUUGUUAUUAUCACCAUGGUUACUGGUGAUUAGUUCCAUAAGUGUGGUGUCUGUCUAAAGGAGUCUGUGUGUCUAGAAGCAUGUCCACAGGAGGCUGCUGAGGGGAGGAUGGCUCAUAAUAAUGGCUGGAAUGGAGCUAAUGGAAUGGCAUCAAACGCAUGGAAAUCAUAUCUUUGAUGUAUUUGAUGCCAUUCCACCUAUUCCGCUCCAGCCAUUACCACAUGCACGCCCUCCCCAAUCAAGGUGCCACCAACCUCCUGUGAUGUACACACCCCCACCCCACCCCACCCCACACACACCACCAAUCCCUGAGCAGACUGAAUCAGAAGUCUACAUUGAUCCCCAUCCCCCUGCAAGAUUUCAAACAUCAUUCAGAAAAAGUGGUUUCCCUCAUCAGCUGAAAUGGAAAGCUCCUUUUAGUGCCAGUCAUUAUAUACUGCUGAAUUCCAACUCUAGCAAAGGCUGUCUUUAAAAUUCGAAAGCAGCUCUUUUUCACAAAAUGUUUACCGUAAAAUAAAAACUACAGGGAAGUAUUGGCAAAGAAAAACACUUGUGAGGUCAUAAACAAAUGACAGUGUAAAAGCAGUUUGCAUCACUCGCUGAAAUCCUGACACCAUACAUUAAUGUCGAUGGGGGGAUUUAAAUGUCAAUGUAAAUUAGGUGUACCCAUACAUCAAGGAUCUGACCAUCACCCAAUCAACCCCAUGACCAGGGAUCAUCAACUAGAUUCAGCCGCGGGCCGAUUUCUUCUUGAGCGGAUGGUCGGGGGGCCGGAACAUAAUUACAAAUAAUUUGUAGACUGAGAAUUGACCGCAAGAAGCCCAAACAGAUAUCAUAUUUGACUAAAACAUAAUAACUUAAAACCUUGCUUACAUUUGUAUAUGAUCACGUGUCUCUCUAUUAUGCGUGAAAAUACAUUUACAGUUUAGUCAUUCAGCAGACGCUCUUAUUCAGAGCGAUUGACAGGAGCAUAGCGCUUGAUGGUUUUUGCGACUGCACUUGAAGAAAAAACUUUCAAAGUUCUAGAAAUUUUCAGGAUUGACUGACCUUCAUGUCUUAAAGUAAUGAUGGUCUGUCGUUACUCGUUGCUUAUUUGAGCUGUUCUUGCCAUAAUAUGGACUUGGUCUUUUACCAAAUAGGGCUAUCUUCUGUAUACCCCCUUACCUUGUCACAACACAACUGAUUGGCUCAAACGCAUUAAGAAGGAAAGACAUUCUACAAAUUAACUUUUAAGAAGGCACACCUGUUAAUUGAAAUGCAUUUCAGGUGACUACCUCGUGAAGCUGGUUUAGAGAAUGCCAAGAGUGUGCAAAGCUGUUAUCAAGGCAAAGGGUGGCUAUUUGAAGAAUCUCAAAUAUAAAAUAGAUUUUGAUUUGUUUAACACUUUUUUGGUUACUACAUGAUUCCAAAUGUGUUAUUUCAUAGUUUUGAUGUCUUCACUAUUAUUCUACAAUCUAAAAAAUAGUAAAAAUAAAGAAAAACCCUUGAAUGAAUAGGUGUGGCCAAACUUUUGACUGGUACUGUAUCCAUCACAGUAACAAUAACUAAGAUGUACUGUAGGCCUCCUGUAGCUCAGUUGGUAGAGCAUGGCGCUUGCAACGCCAGGGUUGUGGGUUCAAUUCCCACGGGGGCCAGUAUGAAAAAUGUAAUUUGAUGAGGUAUGGCUUAAGAUCUGUAAUAAGAUACUAUACCCACUUAUUACUUUUUAUAUUAAGGAAUCUAACUACAAAUUCAUUUUCAAGUUUUACUUUUUUAAGUAUGUUCCCAGACACCUCACCAAAUUGCCCGAAAUGUAGGACCAAAAAAGGAACCUUUCUGCACGUAUUUUGGCAACGAAAUAAGCUAAUUGGAUUUCUGCUGUUUUAUUCAUACAUUCGCUGAGAUAAUUUUAGAUAUAGAAUUGGUAUAAUCUCCAAACAUUUACCUCCUUAAUCAAAUGCCAAAUAUUAAGCUUGACUCAGACAAGACAAGGUUGCUGAUAACUAUUUCAUACUUUGAAAAGAAAUAUAUUGUUAUGUGUUGGAAAAAUUAAAACCCACACACUUUGCAAUUGUGGGUAAAACAAGUUGCAGAUUUUUUGGCAUUAAACAAAUGUAUAAUGAACUUACAGAAUCGCAGUCCCACAUUCCUGAAAGUUUGGUCUCCUCUACAGUCCUUAAUUGCAAAAAGCUUUUAAAAGAUGUCCGGGCAUCCUGAGACCCAGCAAAUAUACAAAAAAAUACAAAAAAUAUAUUAUAAUAAUUGUACUAGUUGAUUCGAAGCUCUGAAAAUAUAACUGUAUUAUGAAAUUGUUUCUGCUGCUAUUUGUCUCCAAGUUAUAAUGCUAACUGUACAUUAACUGCAUUUUCUGCUAAUAAUUGUACCUGCUGCUAUUUGGUAUUGGAUUGUGUUUUAUUUAUAUAUAAUGAAUGUGAUAUUUUUAUAAUAAAAACAAAAGACAAAAAAAAGAAUAAUACAAAAAAGAAGGGGACUUUAGUUUGUUCUUUGGAUUUUUGGAUGAAACAAUGUUUUCAACCCAAGACCAAUGUAAGAGGGUUGACCUAGUGGGGGGGCUGGGGUGUUCAGCAGGUGACAUUAGUACUGCUUGUGGCUUGGGUGUUGACUUAUCCAUCUAUAAGCGGGAGGUAAGAAACUGUACACCGUAACACAUUGUUUUAUAUGACUUAUGAAGCAUGAUAUGAAGUUAUCAUGUAAUGUUACAAUUAAUUCCAUUAACUCUCUAUUUUGCCUUUUUAAGAUACUGUAUGUGUUACAUGUCACGUUCGUUUACAGACGGGACGGACCAAGGCGCAGCGUGAUAUGCGUACAUGUUUAUUAUAAUGAAUAAACAACUGACAAAACAAUAAACAAACGAAACGUGAAGUCCACGGUAGAACACAAAACAUACCUACACGGAACAAGAUCCCACAACCCACUAGUGCCAAUAGGCUGCCUAAGUAUGGUCCCCAAUCAGAGACAACGAGCGACAGCUGCCUCUGAUUGGGAACCACACCGGCCAACAUAGAUCUAGAAAUACUAGAUUCAAAACAUAGAACAAAACACAGCAAGGAAAAUACACACCCUGACUCAACAUACAAGCGUCCUCUGAGUCAGGGCGUGACAUUACUGGUACUUUAUUCUGGGCUUGAGACUGACUCAAACAGGUAAAUCAGCAGGUACAAUGCUGGGAGCAGUUGUCGUUAAACACUGUUAAAUGCCUCUUCCUAAAGCGAUGAAGCUUUAGGAAAAGGCAUUUGGCGGCUGGGCAGGCAUGAUUAUGGCUAUGUGGGCUUCCCUCUGGCCAGGGUACAGCUAGAUGUGGUGAGGACAUGAGCAAUCUGCCCAACCCAUGGUUUAGUCAGAUCCCUGGGUGUCAACUGACAUCCUGCCUAUGACCUCGGAUCUGUAAGCGUCUUGGCAACAUGCAGGCCAACAUUCUGAUUUAUUUAUGGUGACUACACUAGGAAUUCUGUAUUUCCAGUUUGUGUAUGAAACAUGUCUAUUGCUAAUAAAUGAAAUAGAAACAGAAACUCACUCACUCACUUAAUCACUCAUCUUGCUUACUGACUCGUAGCAAACUUAACAGCAGCAAACUUCAAGCACAGGUGCAAACUCUUCACCUCUGUGGAAACAUCCUGCACUGUCGUAAAGGCUAUAUUGUAAUCUGAUUAACAUUGCUGUAAAGUAUUUCAUAUUCUUUAAGCCGAUUAACAUUGUUGUGAAACACUACAUGAUAAAACAACUCCUAACCUAAAAUGGCCUCUAUGAUCUGUAAUGUCCUCUGUCUUCCUUUCUCACUCACUCUGCCCCUCUCUCUCUCUCUUCCUCACCCUCCUGCUCUUUCUCUCUUCGUCAACACUCUAUAUCAUUCACUCCCUCUCUCCCUCCCUUUCUCUCUCUUUUCUUCUUCUGUCUGAAUCAUUCACUCUCUUACUCUCUCUCGCUCUUCUUCCUUUUUCUCUCCAAGAUGAUUGAUGGCUCCUCCAGUUGAAUCAAGCCCCAGGAUGCUCAUGUUGCCCGUCAGCGGUGGCCAACAUCACCACGUCGUGCCUGUGGCCUGCACCCUCACCUGCUCCUGGCUCCUGCUACUUUUUCACGCCGCCUUCGGCCAGAAGCCCGCCAAGCUGCCCCUGCUGGGCCGCAAGCCCUUCAUUGCUGCCUGGAACGCACCGCUGGACCUGUGCACUGUCAAGUACAAUGUCCAGGCCAACCUGGAGCACCUCUUCCACAUCAGUGGCAGUCCGCGGGUCGUCCGCACUGGCCAGAAUGUCACCAUUUUCUAUGCCAAUCGGCUGGGCCUCUACCCUUUUUACACGGACUAUGGCAUCCCCAUCAACGGAGGCCUCCCCCAGAACUGCAGCCUGGAGGCCCACCUCCUCAAGACGUACAAGGACAUCAACCAUUUUAUCCCCUCUGAGGAUUUUGCCGGACUGGCAGUCAUCGACUGGGAGUAUUGGCGGCCCCAGUGGAACCGCAACUGGCACAAGAAGGACAUCUACCGACGCCAGUCCCGGGAGCUGAUCGCACAGGCCUAUGUCAACGUGACGCCAUCAGAAAUCGAGGAGCUGGCGCGAAAACGCUUUGAGAAGAGCGCCCGGGCAUUCAUGCAGAGGACGGUCCAGCUAGGGACGCGCCUUCGCCCCAACGGACUCUGGGGCUUCUACCUCUACCCAGAUUGCCACAACUACAACCUGCAUGAGCACAACUACACAGGCUCCUGCCCCCUGCUGGAGAGCCUGCGUAAUGACGAGCUGCUCUGGUUGUGGAAUAGCAGCACAGCACUGUUCCCCUCAGUGGCUAUCAGGAAGAGUCAAACAGACAGUGUCAGCAACCUCCAUUUCUCCCAGUUCAGGGUGCUAGAGUCUCUGAGGAUAGCUGGGCUUACCUCGCACGACUUUGAGCUGCCCACAUUCGUGUACACACGCCUAGGGUACAGGGAUGAGGCUAUGGCCUUCCUCACCACGGUAAGACUGCUAUACUUAGUAACCCAAAGGUCUAAAAUCAGGUGACCAGUUGGUUAUCAAUCUGGUCCUGGAGAGCUACAGGAUGUGCUGUUUUUUUAUCCACACCAUCAUUAACACAUCUGAUUCAACAAAUUGACUAAUCAUCAAGGCCACCAAGUGUAUUGCUGUUGGGCAAAAACAAAACAUGAUACAUGAUCCAAAUGGGGCUGUAAUUACUCCAUACAACAAACCCGUGUUUUAUAUACAGGAUCAGUUUAGACAUAAUUGAUUUCUUAACUAUUUAUUUAAAUUAUCAUGCCAUUCUCUGUUCCUCUCAGCAGUCAACACUAUUUAGUGUAAUGUCUAAUCAGUUGUGUGCAGGCAAUCCUGCCUCUCUUGAGGAGCCAUUAGCACCAUCUUGUGGCUCCAUAAAGAAGUUCAGAAUGUGGUGUAAUUAUCCUGUGUGCGUGUGUGUGUGUAUUGCAGACAGACUUGAUCCACACCAUUGGCGAGAGUGCUGCUUUGGGUGCGGCUGGUUUUGUGAUCUGGGGAGACCUCAACCUCACUUCAUCCAAAGUGAGUCUCAUUAUAUAACUUUACUGUAUAUGAUCUAUCACCAGCUGGAAUGCGAUUUUAACCAAUCAGUUUCCAGGAUUAGGCCCACCCGUUGAAUAAUAUAUAAUUACUGUUACAGUUUGACUAUCCAAGUGUUACACAAGCUAGAAUAGAGUAGAGCUAAAGAGACUGGCGAUAAGGCAAUUAACAGUUCUUACAAAGGAAAAUCCUUAAUUAAAGCUAUGAAAAUAAAGUGCUCCCUAGGGGCAGCAUAGUUGAACAUCUGCUGUACAUCUAUUUAAUUUUGUUUUGACUUAUUUUAGCUGUCAACACCUCCAAGGCCUGUGUACAUCUGCCAUUCAAAAUGAGGCUUUGAGAAGAAAUGUCAUGCAUUCCUAAAUGUAUUCCAAACAUUCUUCUCUUGGAGCUUGAGUUGCUGUAGAAAGUAUUUCAAAAAUCAGGAAAAAAGGCAUACUGCUAUAAAGAUAAAGAGGGAGACAAUAGUUGGUUGACAAUAGCUGACAACCCACAGAGAAUAGUUCUAACAGUAGGGUAGCGUUCGCUAAAGUAAAUAUUUCAACAGAUUAUUGUGAAUUGCACAAUGCCAUCAGUCGUUUGACUUUAUCUUAGUUAUUCUUUCUUUCUUGCUAACCCCCCUACCCCCCCCCCCCCCCCCCCCCCCCCCCACCCCCCCAUCUCCAGCACAACUGCACAAAGGUGAAGUCCUUCCUAAACCUCCGCCUGGGUCAGUACAUCACCAAUGUGACGCGGGCCGCAGAGGUCUGCAGUGACUUCCUGUGCCAGAGCAACGGCCGUUGUGUCCGUAGGGACCUCCACUCCCCGUACUACCUCCACCUGAGCAGAGACAGCUACCACAUUCAGCCCUCGGGGGACGGGGACUUUGUGGUCACAGGCUGGCACUCGCAGCAUGAGCUCCAACUACUGGCCAAGAGGUUCCACUGUCACUGCUAUGAGGGACACGCCGGGGACAAGUGUGAUAGCCUGAACAAGGUGGUGGAAGAAGAGGAGGAAGAGGAGGGGGGAGAGGUGGAGGAGGGGGGAGAGGCGGAGGACAGGGAGGAGGAGCAGAGGGAAAGUGCCGCUCCACAAACUGGGAACACACUUGGCUUGAUGGUGUUGCUCCUCCUAUUGAACUUCUCC